AUGCCCGUGGCACGGCCACACACCGCGGGACCCGGCAGGAUCACUCUGCUUCUGGUCGCUCUGCUACUAGGGAACCCGGUGGCAGCUCGAGAGGAAGAUGGUGGUCCAGAGGGAGACACACACCCUUCCACAGCCUACCUCCUGCCCUCUGCCUCGCUGGAGAGCAACAUGGAAGAGAGGGUAACAUCAGCAGUCCCAGGACCCCUGCCAUCCCAGAAAGCACUGGAAAUGCUGGAGGGGUCAUUGCCCCCUGCACUCCCUGAUGAGGGCAGUGUCCCGCACACCCCAGCCCUCAGGAAGGGCCUGCCGUCCCUGAAGCAACUCAACUCGGCCCGGAGGCAGCUGAGGCCCCUGGCCACCCCGACAACUCUGCAGCGACUAGGGUCCCCUGCCUCAGCCACCACAAAGCCGCGUGUGCCUGGGGACCCUGAACAGCCCACAGCGCCUGCUCCACUGCAGAUCGUACCCUUCACCACACUGGUGACCUCGCUCCCGAACAGCCCGGAGCCUGCACAGGCCCCCGACGACAGCAGCCCUGGGAGCCUGCAGGACAAGGGUGACAAUGAGCUGACCGGGUCCGCUUCCGAGGAGAGCCAGGAGACCACCACGUCCACCAUUAUCACCACUACCAUCAUCACCACGGAGCAGGCCCCAGCUCUCUGCAGCGUGAGCUUCUCUGAGCCCGAGGGAUACAUCGACUCAAAUGAUUUCCCACCUCAGCCCCUCGGCAGCUUCCUGGAGUGCACAUACAAUGUGACGGUCUACACGGGCUACGGAGUGGAAUUGCAGGUGAAGAGUGUGAACCUAUCAGAGGGGGAACUGCUUUCCAUCCGUGGGGUGGACGGCCCCACCCUGACAGUCCUAGCCAACCAGACUCUCCUGGUGGAGGGCCAGGUGAUCCGUAGCCCCACCAACGCCAUCUCUGUCUACUUCCGGACCUUCCAGGAUGAUGGGCUCGGGACCUUCCAGCUGCACUACCAGGCUUUCAAGCUGAGCUGCAGCUUCCCCCGCCGGCCCGAGGCCGGAGAUGUCACCGUGAUGGAUCUGCACUCUGGUGGGGUGGCCCACUUCCACUGCCACCUGGGCUACGAACUGCAGGGAGCCAAGACUCUGACCUGUAUCAAUGCCUCCAAACCCCACUGGAGCAGCCGGGAGCCUGUCUGCUCAGCCCCGUGUGGAGGAACCGUGCACAACGCCACCAUUGGCCGAGUCCUCUCCCCCAGUUACCCUGGAAACGCCAACAGCAGCCAGCGCUGCGUGUGGACCAUCGAGGCUCCAGCGGGUCAGAAGCUGCACCUGCAUCUGGAAAGGCUUCUGCUUCAGGAGAAGGAUAGGAUGAUUGUCUACAGUGGACAGACAAACACGUCGGCCCUCCUGUACGACUCGCUCCGAACAGAAAGUGUGCCCUUUGAGGGCCUGCUGAGCGAGGGCAGCAGCAUCCGCAUCGAGUUCAUGGCUGACCAAGGCCAGGCAGCCUCUGCCUUCAACAUCCGCUUUGAGGCCUUUGAGAAAGGUCACUGCUAUGAACCCUACAUCCAAAACGGGAACUUCACCACGUCAGACCCCACCUAUAACAUCGGCACCAUUGUGGAGUUCACCUGCGACCCCGGCCACUCUCUGGAGCAGGGCCCAGCCGUCAUUGAAUGUGUCAAUGUGCGUGACCCGUACUGGAAUGACACGGAACCUCUAUGCAGAGCCAUGUGCGGUGGGGAGCUCUCUGCCGUGGCUGGAGUGGUGCUGUCUCCAAACUGGCCAGAGCCCUAUGCAGAAGGCGAAGACUGUGUGUGGAAGAUUCACGUGGGGGAGGAGAAGCGGAUCUUCUUGGACAUUCAGUUCCUGAACCUGAGCAACAGUGACAUCCUGACCAUCUAUGAUGGUGAUGAGGUUGUGCCCCAUGUCCUGGGCCAGUACUUCGGCAACAGCAGCCCUCAGAAGCUGUACUCCUCCACGCCGGACCUCACCAUCCAGUUCCACUCAGACCCCGCCGGCCUCAUCUUUGGCAAGGGCCAGGGAUUUAUCAUGAACUAUAUAGAGGUGUCACGGAACGACUCCUGCUCAGAUUUGCCCGAGAUCCAAAAUGGCUGGAAAACCACUUCCCACACUGAGCUGGUCAGGGGAGCCCGGAUCACCUACCAGUGCGACCCUGGCUAUGACAUCGUGGGGAGCGACACUCUCACCUGCCAGUGGGACCUGAGUUGGAGCAGCGACCCCCCAUUUUGUGAAAAAAUUAUGUACUGCACCGACCCCGGGGAGGUGGAGCACUCCACCCGCCUCAUCUCCGACCCCGUGCUGCUGGUGGGCACCACCAUCCAGUACACCUGCAGCCCUGGGUUCGUUCUUGAAGGGAGCUCACUUCUCACCUGCUACAGUCGCGAGACAGGGACUCCCAUUUGGACAUCCCGCCUGCCCCACUGUGUCUCCGAGGAGUCCCUGGCAUGUGACAACCCAGGGCUGCCUGAGAACGGCUACCAGAUCCUGUACAAGAGGCUGUACCUGCCCGGAGAGUCCCUCACCUUCAUGUGCUACGAGGGCUUCGAGCUCAUGGGCGAAGUGACCAUCCGCUGCAUUCUGGGGCAGCCGUCCCAUUGGAGCGGGCCCCUGCCCAUCUGCAAAGUUAACCAAGGCAGUUUCGAACACGCACUGGAAGUAGCAGAAGCGGCAGCAGAGUCCUCGCUGGAGGGCGGGAACAUGGCGCUGGCCAUCUUCAUUCCGGUCCUUCUCAUCUCCUUGCUGCUGGGAGGAGCCUACAUCUACGUCACGAGGUGCCGACAGUACUCCAGCCUCCGCCUGCCCCUCAUGUACUCCCACCCCUACAGUCAGAUCACCGUGGAAACUGAGUUUGACAACCCCAUCUAUGAGACCGGGGAAACGAGAGAGUAUGAAGUUUCCAUCUAACAAGAGUUGCCCUGGAAAGGGGGACUUGAGAGAUGGGCAUGCAGACACGGACCGUCGGGACCUCCUCGGACAUCCAUCAGAGACCUCGUGGCAGCCCUCUUUUCCUCUACACUUUUGAUUCAAAGAUUCACUGUUUCUUCGCACUAUUUACUAUAUUUAAAAUUGAAGGAAUUGAAAUCGGUGAAUUUGGUACACUGGGGCUGCAGCCAAGGUCACACGACAGCCUCCAUUCCCAAGGCAAACAUCAGCAGGUAACAGCACAGCGGCGAGCAGGUCCGGUUGGAUCAGCAGUGCCUCACUUGGGCUGCACCACCCUGUAUGGUCUUCAGCAGCAGGCCAUGGCGUACUUGGUACAAACAGGAUCCCCAGGGUUGUCGGAAUGUCUCUUGCAGGGCUGCCUUGGAGGAAUUUAAGCCUGAGUACUUAAGCCCAGUUAUUUCUCCUCCAAAACAAAACCCAUGUCCUCUUCUCCCAUUUUAAACGUGUUUGAAAGUUUGGGCCCACCCUCUCCAUCCCACGGCCUCCAAAGGCAGCAAAGAUUUGCUAAGCAUUCUCUGGGCUCAAGCAACACUGGACAGGUGAGAAAAUGGCCUCUUUCUUAAAAAGGGAUAAGCCCCAAGGAGGACUGUCAGGGAGGAGGCCCAGGGAUCUUGGGGAAGGGGACUCCAAAGAGGGAUGGAUGCCAGGUGAGCUGUGACUGGAACCCACCUCUGCUGGCAGGGUCUCCCUGAGGCUAGGGUCAUGAAUCCACUGGCAGCUUGGACUCCAGAGUCACAGGAUCUGCUGUGGGGUAUCCUGACCUCAAAGCCAGGGAUCAGCUCUGACUCUCACCUGGAGUUUUAGACUGUCUAGAUCCUAGGUGGGACUUACGUACAUAAGAUGUUACCUCCAGCUUCCCUUGUUCUCACGUGCCCCUUGGCAGGGAAGGUGCUGAGAGUCCUCCCUGGCCUCUGCGGCUCUGAGUCGGGGAACGGCAUCAGGGCCCCAGCAGAAGCUGCGUGUACAGAGUGGGGUGGAAACCACAGGAGAACAAGGCCCAAGACCCAGAUUGAACCUCAGUAAAGACAGUGUUUCCAAUGGCAGGCCCUCCCUAGCUUUCAGGGUCCUCAGAACCCCAAUUCAGGGCAGCCAGAGGCCAUGGCUCUCCAGAAGUUGGCUUUCUAAGUAGUGAUGAAGAAAGGUGUAGGGGUUAGGUGCUGGGGGGAACAGGAGGUAUGAGGGGCAGUGAUCAUGUGCAAACCAUGUGGUGACCAGGAGGGGCUCAUCUUCCUUCAGGAAAGCCCCCUGCAUGUGUAUGCCUGACUGCUGUGGCUGGGGGUUUCUGGCCACAGUGGAACCAGAGGAGAAACCAUGCAGGCUCUAGGGAGCAGGGAUUCUUUGGGAAAGACCCCACCUGUGAAUAAUGUGACCUUUCUCCCAGAGGCAGAACCUAUUUGAGAUGCUUCCAUCCCCAGCCCUGGUCACCUGUGAACUCUGUCCUUGCUGUUUCAUUUCUGUCUACUCUAUGGCCCUGGGAAAACUAAGCACUCGACUUCUGUAAGGUCUGACCAUGUGUGAGGCCCUUCUAACCUGCUCCUCAAAGCUGACCAGGUCAUGACCGGGACAUUUCUUGACUACUGGGUUGGAUAAAAAAAAAAUGUUGCUUUCUUUUUUUGCAGAAUACCAAUGUCUUAGUUCUGUCUUGGUGGUACAGUCUCUGUAGUCAUGGUUUGAAAUGUGUUCUAGCCUAGAGGGGAAUCAUGCACGCUCACAACGUGCAGCGAUUGAAAGGACAUGUUGGUGUCUAUCAUUUUUAAAUACCUGACUAUGUAUUUGUAACAUGUAAAGGUAUGAAGCAAAAACAAAACAAAAACAAACAAAAAAAAAAAACAGCUCUACCAGUACCGAAUAUAUACAAGGCAUCUCAUCACGGCCCAUCCCUGUCUGUUUUUACAAGAAGGAAAUUUGAAACCAUGGGGAUUAAAUAUUUUUGAACUGGAUACACUCGUGAGCCCUCCCACAAGCAGUAACCUGUUCUGACGUCAGUGGGGAAACUCGUUUACAAGGCGCAGGCUUCCCAAAUGUGGGCAUCCUUCAUGCUGAUGACGCAGGCUGCACCUGUCAGCAUUACCUGUGCUUUUACGUGCAGAGCCCCUCCCUCUUCUGCCAGGAGCUCAUCUUCCCCCCUCAGCUUCCUUUGUGGUAAACUCACUUUGCCAGCAUAAGUAUUCUGAACUCUGUCUGGGGGCCAUAUUUCCAAGUGAUCCCACCCCGAGCCUUUGAAACCAGCUCUUUAGAGAGUUCACAAACCUCAGGAGACAACUCUGGAGACCCACACACAGCCCUGGAGAAAGAGAAAGGUUACAGCCAGAAUGGUGGCAUCACAGGGACUCCGACGAACCAUGGAUAGCUUCAGAGACCAUAGGCAAAACGACCUCUCCUUUGGGCAUGACCUUUCUGCAUCUUUGCUGAGGCCCAGUGAGACGGCACUCCACGUCCGGUCCUGGGCGGCACUCAGCACCCGCAGAGGUGGGCGUCUUCUUGGAUGCUUGCUUUUUCAUUUAUCAUCAAACAGAAUAAUAAAAAGGCAAACUUUCUAAGCUAGAAAACUGAAAUGAAGUCAUUUUCCACUUUGUAUAUA